AUGGGGGCUCCAAAACAAAGGUGGACUUCUGAGGAAGAGGCUGCUCUUAGAGCUGGAAUAGCAAGGCAUGGAGUUGGAAAAUGGCGCACAAUAUUGAAAGAUCCAGAAUUUAGUUCCACUUUGUGCUACCGCUCAAAUGUUGACCUCAAGGACAAAUGGCGAAACAUGAAUGUAAUUGUCAGUACAUCAAGUUCUCGUGACAAGGUGAAGACUGCAGUGAAGAGAGCCCGAACUACUCCCAAGAAUAACGAGCACACCAUGGCAAUCAACAGAGUUACUUCUGAUAUUGAUGAUGAGAUUAUUGACGAAAAGCCUAUAGCAUCAUUGCCUAGUGAAGCAAAGAACACAUCAAAUUCGAAGAAAUCUCACUCAAGGCUAGAUAAUAUUAUAAUGGAGGCUAUAAAGAAUUUAAAUGAGCCUACGGGGUCACACAGAACUACUAUUGCUAAUUACAUAGAGGAGCAAUAUUGGCCACCUAGUGAUUUUGAUCACUUACUAUCUGCAAAACUGAAGGACUUGUCGACCAGUGGCAAAUUGAUAAAGGUGAAUCGGAAGUACAGGAUAGCACCUAGUUCACCCAAUUCAGAGGGCCGAAGCCCCAAAAUGCUGCUGUUGGAAGAUGUGCAAAGAGAGCCUGUCAAGAUAUGGAGCGAUGAUAGUAAAACCCUUACCAGAUCUCAAAUUGAUGCUGAAUUGGCACGAAUGUCAACAAUGACUGCUGAGGAAGCUUCAGUGGCUGCAGCUCAUGCAGUUGCUGAAGCAGAGGCCAUCAUGGCAGAAGCUGAAGCUGCAGCGAAAGAAGCAGAGGCUGCAGAAGCAGAAGCCCAAGCUGCACAAGCAUUUGCUGAAGCAGCGUUUUUGACAUUGAAGAACAGAAAUGCUGCAAAACUGAACCAGGUUUUAUAA